GACAAAGACCAGCAGCUAUAGCCCUGCCGUGUUAACGCAUUCAAUUCUGGGCGUAGCGUAAACCCUAAACCUCCAAUCGCAGCAGUUACUUCGAAAUAUCAUCCAUCGAAACAAAGAAAGAAAGAAAAAUCAUCACUGUUUGAUCUAAUCGUGCCGGAGUGACAGGCCGGCUUUUUUAUUAUUUGAUCCACGUCCAUGGCUUCUUCAGAGAUCGAGGUCGUAUCGCCGACGGAAUCCACUGUCCUUAGACAGCAGGUGCAGAACGAGAGACAGCACGGUGCUCCGAACGGGACGGCGCCGGCAUCAGCGUCGAACGUGGUGAAUGUUCAUUCCGCUUCGGCUUACGGAGAUUUCGAGAAACUGCGCUUCUAUGUCGAACAAGAGGGCGCCUCCGUCUCCAUACCCGACGGCAACGGCUACUAUCCUCUUCAGUGGGCUGCUCUCGGAAACUUCACUCACAUUGCUCUGUUCAUUAUCGAGCGUGGGGGUGAUGUCAAUGCUGCUGACAACUCACAGCAGACUGCUUUGCACUGGGCAGCAGUUAGGGGCUCGAUUGCUGUAGCAGAUUUGCUUAUUCAAAGUGGAGCUCGGGUUGAGGCAGCUGAUGUGAAUGGUUACCGCGCAGUUCAUGUUGCUGCUCAAUAUGGACAAACUGCUUUCCUAAAUCACAUUGUCGCGAAGUAUCUGGCUGAUUUUGAUGCACCCGAUAGCGAUGGCAGGAGCCCUCUUCAUUGGGCUGCAUACAAGGGCUAUGUAGACACAAUCAGAUUACUUCUCUUUCGAGAAGCUAGCCAAGGAAGACAAGAUAAAGAAGGCUGCACCCCUUUACAUUGGGCUGCACUAACAGGGCAUGCAGAGGCAUCUUCUGUACUUGUGCAUGCCGGCACAAAGAAAGAGCUAGCUGUGAAAGAUAAGGCCGGAUUUACUCCUGCCGAGCUUGCAUCUGACAAGGGUCAUCGGCAAGUUGCCCAUUUCCUUUCUAAUGCACAGCUGACACAAAGCAAUAGUUUGGGAAAGAAAUUGUGUGGUCGGAAGAUGAGGGACAUUGGAUUUGCUCCAUUGUUGUUGUCCAUGAUCCUCACUUGUGUCUUUCUUUUCGUUAAUUCGGUCAUUGCAGCUCCAAGUUUCCCAAAGAUAACAGCUGCUAUUGGGAUUUGGGCAAUGAUUGCACUCUCUCUAGCUGUUCUGGCACUGAUCAUGUUUCGCCGCUGUAGUAGUAAAGAUCCUGGUUAUAUCAAAAGACAGGAGGAUUUGGAUAAACAUGCUAAUACAGAGAGAAACUUUCAAACACACCUCAAACAGACAAAAGGAAAAAAAGGUCUGAAGUGAGCACCACUGGGGGAUGUUGUGCGCUCGUUUGGCUCCACUACUUCCCGCAAUAAACAGAGAUGCUUCCCAUCAAAAAGAAAAAAGAACAGACCUGCGCACACCACUUUCCCCUGUCAAAUUUGCCUUCCCGCUCUUCUUUCCUCCCAAAUUUAGCUCCCAAAGACUCCCAACUCUAAAUGAGUUUGGUACUUAAAUGUAUCGCAACUCCUCGAGUUCAUUGACCUUGCUUGGUUUUCACUUAUAAGUUAGUUUUCUUUAUUGUAGUCCUUUAGUUUACGAAGCUGUAUCCUGAAGUUCCCUCGUCGUCUAUUACCUGUUCAUUGUCGCGCACAUUCAUCGCUAUAUCAAUUUUCUGGCGCCACUAUUAUUGGUCCUCUAUGAUAUGCUUUUUACUUUUGUAUCCCUUUUCAGGAUCCACUCUUAAAUUUUGAUUUCAACAACUCUUCUGUAUGGAUUGGAGACUGGUCUCAGCUUUGUCCAACAUGCAAGAUAAUUAGACCUGUUCGAUCCAAGCACUGUUCCACAUGUAACCGCUGCGUGGAACAAUUUGACCAUCACUGCCCGUGGAUAUCUAAUUGUGUGGGCAAGAGAAACAAACGAGAUUUCUUCAUUUUCGUACUCUUAGGGUUCUUGACGUCAUUAGUCGGUGGUGCUGUUACACUUUACAGAGUCUGGACUGCGCUGCAAUUUUUUCAUGUAGAUGCAAACUGGCUUCAGUUUCUGGUGUUCCAACAUCCUGGGAUUAUUGCAUUUAUGGUUUUAGACAGCUUUAUUCUGCUUGCUGCUCUGACUUUAACCAUAGCACAGGCGUUGCAGAUAGCGCGAAACAUUACCACGAAUGAAAUAGCAAAUGCCAAGCGUUACGGGUAUCUGCGAGGACCAGAUGGGAAGUUUCAGAAUCCAUACAGUCAUGGCUGCAGAAAGAACUGUGUCGAUUUCUUCAUCCAUGGAUAUUUGGACGAUAACCAUGUUGCUUGGCCUCCAUUGGUUCAGAUUGCCACUGUGAACCACUAACAAAGGCAAAUGAGAGUGACCCCCGUUCUGCAGACCCAAAGUCCCAAACAUGGAUUGUAUUCGUGGAGCUGUAAAUUUCACUCGAGGAAAGCUACGUGUAUAGGUACAGUUCAAUUGUUUGCGUAUCUAUUUCAUUUAUGUACUGGAAAUAUAUACCAAAUAAGGACUGUACUCGUACUUGUGUUCAUGUGACCAUUCCGAUAAUAUGUGAUAUUUAUGCUAUAGUUUUUUUGUGGCAUGAUUUUGUUACGAAACUCGUAUUCCCGUUUCAGAAGAUAUUGAAGUAUUCCUGAAUCCGGGUACAAUCCCU